GCGCGGCCGGUGUUUACCGUCACCAUGGAGACGGAGCGGUUUCACCCUGCGCAGGCGCCAUGGAGCCCGGAGUGCGGCGGCGGGGGGCCGAGACCCCCGGAACGGGGGUGGCUCUGACGGGCCACGUGCCUCCCGUGUGCCCUGGGGAGAGGCCACCGUGCGUGGUCGGGCUCCAGCGUGAUGUCCUUCUGCCUGAGAUGCCCACAGCAAAGCCCCCGUGCCACAGGGAGACACUGAUGACCGUGACCGAGAUGCCCCAGGAGGUGUCAGCCACAGCCGAGGUGCCCCAGGAGAUGGUGUCGGCCAUGGCUGAGCUGUCCGCCGAGGCCCUGCCAGCCGUGCCCAGCGUGGUGCCAGCUGCUGAGGCUGGGAAGGAUCCCUGCGGGGUCGAGCUGCCACCCUGUCCCAGCAAGUGGGGGACUUGUCCCACCGAGGUGCCCCUCAUCGCGGUGCCAGUGCUGCCCACCUCCCUGCAGCCGCCAGCAGAGCAGCCCAGCUGGUUGGUUCCCCGGGGGAGCUGCCUGAUCCACAACUGGCAGGAGGAGAGAGCCACGAACAACCUGGACACCAUGCCGGGGCAGGAGCUGGGCGGCGAGGGCUUCACCUACCGGCACGGCCACCACGGGCUGCUGGUCCACCAGCUCGUCUCCCAGCCCACUGACAGCACCACCACAAAGGACACCUACCGCCCACCACACAGGGCCCCGCUGCUGGGGCGAGGGCAGCGGGAGGCCAUGCUGCAGUCCAUGCUCUACCAGAAAUACAGGAAGGAGAUGCUGGAGGAGAUCCGUCCCCCCCAGAUGUCCAUGGAGUCGGUCUCCACCACGCACCGGGAUUACCGCGUCGGGGACUGCCAGUUCACACCACUGCCUGCCACCCAGCCCCACAACUACUGCACAGAGCAGCCCUGCAGCUUCUGGCUGGAGCAAGCCCGCAGCCUGCCUGGUGUCACCAGCAUCUGCAGCGGGGACAGUCCCUUUCGGAGGAACACAGCCUUCUCCACUCCCAUCACCGAGUACCUCGAGCCACCCCUGCCCUGUGCACCCCUCAGCAGCUGGCUCCAGCCCCGCAAGAAAUAAAAAGCAGGGAGGCA